AUGUGUACUACCCGUAUUGUUGGUAUCGGAGAGGAAAAAGUAAGUCCAAGUUCGAAACAAUGCUACAAGCCGUGUCUGAUAGCUCGCUCGAAGAGUAAUCGAGAUUAUGUUGCUGCUAGCAGCAUACCUCAUAACGAUGCGACUACGGCCGGUGAUAUUGGUUCUUUAGCAUUAUCAAGUGACGUCGUCGCUUCAUCGUUCGAGGAGUUAAAAGAUCAAAUCUUAUCCCUUCGCACGAUUAUUAUCGACUUCAAGUCAGAAACAUAUUCUCAACUCACUAGAGCAAUUGCCUCCUUCACAAGUAGGCUAGAUAAUAUGGAAUUUAGAAUAUCUAAACUGGAAGAGAGCGUGCUUCAGCUGGGGGCUAAUAAUCAGCAUAGCUGUGAAGUAGAACUAUUGAAGAGACGCCUGAAUCAGUCUGAACAGCAAUGCCUCAUGAAUGAUGUGGAGAUCGCGGGAGUUUUCGAGGCGAACGGCGAAAAUACUGAGCACGUCGCGAUUUUAUUGGCUCAAAUAUUAGAAUUAUUUGAACGUCUCGUGUAUAAAAAAAGAAUUGCUUAUGUGAAAGACCUGUUUGUGAAUUACUUUGUAAGACAAUAUGGUAAAUAG